GACUGCACGAGCUCUGGCGAGGAGCUCACCAGGGAACGUAGGCUGAGCACCGGUGCUACGAGGAGCGGCAGCGGUGCUGGACGUUACUUAUCUGAGGGAACAUCGUGUUCGGAUCUCUCUCCUCGGAGGGUUCGUUCAGUCUGUAGGGGGAAAGGGGAAAUCUUAACAGAGAGCUCCGGGAGAGUAUACGGUGACCAGCUGUGGACAGGAGCGGGCAAGGAUGCAGCUCCAGUCCGGCUCUGUGCGCCGCGCUGUCCGCCUCCGCCGCUGGUGAUGCGCGCCGCGCGGGAUCACCGCCCAGCAGCAGCAGCAGCAGCGACAGCGGCAGGAGGAGCACGAAGAGGAGGGGAGGCACGAGGAGCAGAGGGAGGGGGUCAGGACAGCAGGGCGUCGAGGGGCCGGUGAUGAUGACGGUAAGGUCGGGAUCAUGGCUAACGGAACCGGUACGAUCAUGUUAAAAUGCGUCGUGGUGGGAGACGGAGCGGUGGGAAAAACGUGUCUGCUCAUGAGCUACGCCAACGACGCGUUUCCGGAGGAGUACGUCCCCACUGUGUUCGACCAUUAUGCAGUGAGCGUCAGUGUCGGGGGGAAGCAGUACUUGCUGGGACUGUAUGACACAGCCGGUCAGGAGGACUACGACCGCCUCAGGCCACUCUCCUACCCCAUGACCGAUGUCUUCCUCAUCUGCUUCUCGGUGGUAAACCCCGCCAGUUUCCAGAACGUGCGUGAGGAAUGGGUGCCUGAGCUGCAGGAAUAUGCACCCAGUGUCCCUUACCUACUCAUCGGCACCCAGAUUGACCUUCGUGACGACCCGAAGACCAUUGCCAAACUGAACGACAUGAAGGAGAAACCCAUUGCCACUGAGCAGGGACAGAAGCUCGCUAAAGAGAUUGGUGCAUGUUGCUAUGUUGAAUGUUCAGCUCUGACCCAGAAGGGCCUGAAGACGGUGUUCGACGAGGCCAUCAUCGCCAUCCUGGCUCCAAAGAAAAAGAAAGGAGCCCUGAAGAGAAGACUGGGACCUCGCUGCAUCAACUGCUGUCUGAUCACGUGAUACAAAAACCCCAGAGCUCGUUCAAACCAAACCUGGACUGAAGAGAAAAAAAAAAUGCACAAAAGAGAGGACUGAAAAGGACAAAACAAGAGCCACUUUAACGCUGCAGCGCUCUUAAAGACCGUGACUCUCUCUCCUGCUGGGGGCGAGGAUGCAGUUUACUACCAAAGGAGCACAAAACCCAGUCAGUCUGUUCUUCAAAAAGACUUUCUGCCUCCAAAGUACCUUCUUUUAUAACCAUUUUUAUUCAUUUUCUGUGCAGAGUUGUUGUAAGCUGUCAUACAAAAAAAGACUUCAUUUUAAGAGAAAUGUGACAUUUAAAAGAGAUCUUAUUGAUUUUUUUCUUCAUGUUAUCAGAACAAAUGUUCAAAUCAGAAGCCUGAUAAAUAAUGAGAGGCAGACGUCAGACACACUGUGACAGAAAACAUCUUUGGAAGUGAGGGCACAGUUUUUCAUUUGAGACCCAAAAAGUCUGUCUUUGAUUAUUUUUCAGUCUGAUCUGCAGAUUAGUCCACACAGGUGCUCUGCUUUGUGUGGAAAAACAAAAAUGCUGUUCAGUUUAACACAUCUUGGACCUAAGACUGUAUUAUUUUGACAUUUAAGAGUCUUGUUUCUGCCUUAUAAUACCAUUUUUACAGUGUGGCAUGCCAGAAACAUACUGUAAGCUCAAGCCGGGCUGAGGUCUCCAACAGGCGCUAAAGAGUUUAUCAUCCAUCUCUAAAUAGAUAUAUUAUACAGAGUUUAUGAUUCUAUAUCUCUAAAAUAGAGAUGUUUUAUUCAACAGGUAUUUUUUGUCAACUUAUAGCUUUUUUUCUUUAGAUUAUGUUAUCUUGCAAUAAUGAUUUAUCCUUUUAUCACCUUUAAGAAGGUUUAGAAGAGAGAAGAUUUAUAUCAAACAUCCAAAGAAUCAAAUGCAAAGUUUUCUUUAAGAUCUGGUGUCUACAGCUGUGUUCAGACCAACGGGAAGCAGAUUUCCAUUGAGCAUUUAUCAUACAUUUUAAACUGGAGGAUCAUUUGGACUUAUUUUAAAUGUCCUUAAGUCCCUGUAAAGUGAAAUCCAAAAUUCAUGUCUUAACACUUUAGAUAUAUUGGAAUAAGGUUGCUGUAAACAUGUGAAAACACUGAGAUCUAUAUGUGACUGAAUUUUUGAUCCAGACCAUUAGAAAGUUGUUCACCUCAUUCCUGACUAGGUUUAUUUGACCAGGGCAAAUAUGGGAGGCUACGAAGUCAGCCAUUCUUAUGGGGAAUUACUUCGCUGCCCCAAUGCUAAAACAAUCUAAAAUCAUUGAGCAGUUCAACUGCCUUAUUGAAAGUGAACAGCCAGCUACAUGCUGUUUUUUUUGUUUACUGUGAGGUAAAUUUCCCAAAUCUAUCAGCCACAUUGGCCUACAAAUCGUUAAAAGUACCAUAACAAAGAGAUUUGUGCCAGAAAACAGUAUAUUUUAUCCACAGUUUUUGUCUCUCUGCUCUUGCAAAGAGCCAAAUUGCUGCGCUCUGGCUAGAGUUCACCGUAAAGUCAGGGGGAAGGCUAAUUGCUGGAGUGCAUGCAGGAACAAAUAUCAUACCUACUGAAGAUGUGUUUAAAUCCCUUUUACUUGUUUUCAGUCGUGGAUAAAUAAAAGAAGCAUGUUGUGGCUGUCUGUCUCCAAGCAGCCUUGGUUCGAUCCCUCCUGUCUGUUGGCAUUGUGAUGCUAAAGUUUAGUAAAGUAUCGGUCUGAUCCUUUCACAAUAAAAGCCUCCACUGCUAA